CAAGGAAAUUCAGAUGGUGAAAGGCGUGCAGUGGCUCCAGCAAUUACCGAUGAUGUUCAACCGUUGAAAACUCAAAUUGCUGACGCUUAUGGUUUCGUCAAAGAUCCUAAUAAAGACCAGUGGAAGACACUACCAAGUUUUGAAGGUAAAAUCGGAAAAAGAGGCUGGGCAGAAGCAGCUCGACUGGCAGAGCAAUUCUUCAGAAACAACAACAACCACGCAACACCAUGGAAACAUUUACUGGCCACACGAACCCCUAUCAACCUCCUUUACAUUACAGCGGCUAGAUACCUUUUUGUAACCCACGUUCUUUGGGUUAAAAGUAAUAGAAAGUUAAUCGCUUGUAAGGAAAAUAGAGACAAAUACAGUAACCUUAUUGAAAGCUUCGUGAUCCCUACAGAUAAAGUGUGUUUUCCUUUACCUUAUGGCAGCGCCACCUACAAAUCAGACUACGACGUCGGGCUCAUCGGAAAAGACUCUGGAACCGUCACACAGAGCUUUAAUCAGUAUUUUCAAGCCGCCCCCCCGAACGGAUUCGGCAAACCCUCGGAGCUUGUAUUUGACACAAAUGUUUACGCCUUCACCCUGGAAUUCGCUAUGCCAAAGAUGUUUCUCAAGCUACCCGAGAAGUUUGCUGAUAAAGUCGAUAAACUUGAGAUGAAAGUGAAGUACAAAAUGCAAGAAUUGGCCAGUGCUUAUUACAAGGUGUUCAAGUACAACAACAAUUUUUUUACAGUGCUGAAGCAGUCGGCUCAAAAAAUUAAAAAAAGGGUUCCCCUGCAACUGUUGAAUGGGUGGCUGACAACCUUCGAUAACUUGAACACCGCAGAAAGUAUCAGAAAAGGGCCAGAAACAAGCGAUCAUGACUUCAGACUCGCCCACAACAAUAAGUACCAAGCGUUUGUGGCAGCUGUAUCACAAAACGGAGGAUAUAAACCAAACAUGAUAGGUGAUUAGUGAUUAGUCGUAGUGCAAAUCUAAACCGAAAUGGAGCGAUCAUCUGUCAAUUGUUAAAGUCAGUCCAACAUUCUUUUGGUUUGCUUUUUCAUCCUUUGUAAUUGGUCUAGAAAAUCACACCACCGUCUGACGAAAAAGUCAUGAUAAAAAAAAAAUAAACAAGUUAAACCACAAA